UCGUUUUUUCAGUACAGUGAAUGCAGUGAAUGCACCCGCCUUCGUCACCGUCACCGUCUAUGCAAGAAGCUGUUUCGUCGUCGUCGUCUUCGUCGUCCGGGCAACAACAGCUUCAGAAUCAGCAACAUUCACUUAUGCAAAGACUUUUAAUGGGAGCUGGCGGAACCCAAACAACGAGUAGCGCUCGAAAUGGAAUUGAAGACAUUGCUGCCAGGUUACAUAAACAAAAUGGAAAUGCGACGGCAUUGACUGUGUCGAGCGGUAAUGGCUAUUAUUCGCCCGAAAUCGCAUCGCCGUGGGGCGAUCAGGUGCUCAGCAUUUCGAACAAUACUCCCAUGAUGCAUUUAACUUGCCUGGAAUGCGGCAUCAACAAAAAUAAUAGUGAAGAUAUGGAGGUCCACUUGAAACGAGAGCAUCUGAACUGGUUGCCAUUCCAAUGCCCCAUCUGUUUAUCGGAAAGGGCAUCUGAUGCAGAGAUGAGGGAACAUCUACAUUCUUCACAUCGAAAAAAUAUGAAUAAGUUCAUCUAUGUGGAUAACGUGACUGCAAAGAGAUCACUACAAAUUAUGAUGGAUCGCGCAUUAUCUCAUGCGAUGGCGAGACGAGCAAAUAAUCAUCACGGAAGCGGGAGAAUGUCGUCGUCGUCGACGAUAUCGCCACCUGCUGCUGCAGCCGUCAAUCACUUCGCCGCGGCAAUCAAGGCACAUGAAGUGAAACCACCCUGUCUUGAUCGAUCUCAUACUUCACCUGCCGAUGUAUCGUUCCCCAUCAGCACUAGCUCACGUAAGCGACAUAUCGAUGAUGCGCUUGCUUCAACUGGCAACACAAACACUGAUGCUCUUCUGGCUAGCAUUAGUCGAGCAACGAACUCAGGAGUCGUUGAAGGAGAGGUAUCGGACGAAUUGGACAUCAACAUCAUGCCCAUGUUCAAUAAACGCUUGAAAUCCGAAUAUGAAACAAAUGAGCAGGAUGAUAGCGCUAUGAUAGACGAUAGCAUUCUUGACAAUCUCAACCCGAUCUCUGUACUGGAUAAUGUUGCUGCUUUAUUUGCAUCUGAUGGCCGCAUUGAAGAUGCUUAUGCUGACACGCAUGUAGAAAAGCCAACCAAAAGUCAAAGUGCAAAAGCUCUGAGCAGCGCUCCUUUAAGGAUCUCAAAGAAACGAGUGCUUGGAGAAUGCAGUAAAUGUCAGAAGCCAGUAACUGCGGGUGCACGGCAAAUGCAUAUGUUCUUCCAUUUGGCCAAAGAUCACGGGACUUUCCGAUUCCGUUGCCUUUUCGACGGGUGCACUGUUGAGCACUAUCGCAAAGAUCAGAUGGAGAACCAUCAAUCAAAAAUUCAUGGCAAAAUUGAUCCUGAAAUGAUGGAGGACAGAUCGUUAGAGCUAUUUCAUCGGUGCCAGGAAUUGAACCAUGAACUAUUCUUGGCUCAUAAAAACAAUGCAAACAACGCAGCGGCAGCAGCAGCUGCUGCUGCGAAAGCUGCGGCAGCCGCUGCGGAAAGCGCAAGCACAUCGCAACAGCCGCAGCAGCAAGAACAUCAUCAGCAGCAACAAAUGCAGCAGCAACAGGAAUUGUCUAUGGAACUACUCGGGACAAAAAACGGGAGCACGCCCGGCCCAACCGCAGCUAGAGCCGAGGCGGCGUACAAUGCUCAACAAGCUGCACUAAAAGAAAAGAAUAGUAAAACCUCCACAACUCCUGCUCCCAAACCAACUCCCAUCACCACUGUAGUGCCAAAACCAGUUCCUGAUGAAGAGCACCCUUUAGAGUGUCGCCUUUGCCACAAAACUAUGCAAAAUAGGAUACGUGGCUUUCACAUCCUUUGGCAUAUGGCCAAAGAUAUGGGUAUAAAUAGGUACAUUUGCCGAGUUUGUGGCUUUGGCCACGAUCGGUCUCAGUCGGUACAGGUACAUGGCAAAAAAGAGCACGGGACGGAGGAAGUGGUUCAAGAUAGAAUUGGGGAGUACUCAGAUGAGGUAAAGCAUAUGUCUGAGCAAUGCUUUGGAUUCCAAGCCCUUUUUGCGCAAGAAAAUAAGAAAAAGACCAAGAUUCCAUCUGCUACGGGCGAAUUGGAUGACGCUGACGCGACACCUGAGGAGGAACCCGAGCCGGAAGAUGAACAAGAACCUUUUGAGGAUGAAGAAGAAGAGCGGGAAUCAAAUGCCUCAACGAAAGCGAGAAGCAAAAAGCGUCAGAGUCGAUUCCCACGAUUUGGCUUAAGAAGGCCUAAAUCGAAGAGUAAGAGGACAGAAAUGGCGAAAUUGAGGGAGAUCAGCAUGCUUUUGGGAGGCGCACAGUAUUUCAAAAAGAAACUGUCCGAAGCUGCUCAUUGUGAGAAAUGCGGGAAGAUUACCAAUUCUCGGAUGAGUGAGCAUGCGUAUACGCACAUGGAAGAGCACCUGUUUCUAUGCCCACUUUGUGAUUUGGGGCAUCAAUCGCGUGAACUCGUCAUACGCCAUAUCCGCGAAAUCCACGAGUCCGAUGAUCGACCAGUGGAUAACCGACUGAAACAUGCAAAAGAUAUCAAAGCGAUGAUUCGCGAAUGCUACCCUGCUUAUUUUGUUGAUGCGCCAAUACCAACGCAACAGGACAUUGAAAAGCUUAAACAACAUAUGGGAGAGACGGCUUCUACCAUGAUCGCUGGAUUGGACGAUGAAUUAGGCUAUGAUGUGGAUGAUGAAGAUGGCGGAGACUACGAGGAUGACUCAGCUUCCGAACCAAAACUUGUCCUUGAUGAGGAGGGUGGCCUCGAACUUGAACGAGAAGAUGAUGAGCAUGAAGAUGAGGAGGAGGCCGGGUAGUUAGUGGUGUAAGCUUCAUCACUUAUCGUUGCUUCUAGUCACCAAUUUAUUUUCGUUGAUAGAUCCUGUUUUUUUUUCUCUCAUAAACCUCUCAGAGACGGAUAUUUUCUUGUAUGUUCGUUUUACUUAUUUUUAACCGAUAUCGAGAAGUCCACUACCCGCAAAAUUCAGCGACCCUCAAUUUAGUCGGCUGAGUCGUGUUCCUAUUCUUUGCUUGCAAUGGAGUCAUACGGAGCUUUUUUUAUCCUGGGAUAUUCUUUUUAUGGUCUUCAGUGCUCUACUUACACGAGUUGUCUAUAAUAUCUCGCUUAAGAAACAAGCCCAAAACUAUAGUUCUUAGGUGCUCUAGGAGACAUUUUUCUUUAUUUCUGUUCAUUCUUUUGUAUGCUUGAGUUCUUAUGUCACAUGAAGUUCACACGGUUCAUGACUGUCCCCCCCCCCUCCCCCACCAAUCCCGGUAUAUCGAGUGCCCAAACUACUGUCACCUCAGCACAUCUCGUUUCUUUUUGCUGUUAUCCUUUUCGUGUUUUUUUUUUGAUUGUUCAAGCGUACAUCUGAAACGAAGUGAGGGAAAAAAUUGUACACAAAUGUGUAAGCUCAGCC